AUACGAGAAUCAUGUUGUUGCCAUAACCUUGGACGGCAAGUUGUUUGUGUUCGACCCGAAUGGCAACGAGACCGCCAGUAUGGACUGUGCUCUGCACUACGUCAACAACGGUGAGAAGCUCCGGAAGCCCUGUUGUAACUCCUGUCUCGAUGGAGUCAUCAUUAAUGGUCAACCCGCACUGUUGGUCGGGCAAAUGAAUGGUAGCAUACGGGCAUAUAGUCUGCCGACAUUGAAGCCGAUACUGUGGUGGCAAACGGCUAUGCAGAGGAGAAACGCGGAUGUCCGUAUCGUGAAGUCUCUUG